AGACGACCAACGACCACCACCAAGUCAGUCCCCAAGCACCAGCAUGAUCCGCCGUCCACCAUCCUCAUUACGUGGCCCCUCCGCCCGCCUCCUAACACCCGGCCUCCACGCCCACCCAUUCACCCACACACCCCUCCUCCACCUCCAGGAUUCUCGUCUCUCAGACGUCGACGAAGGUUCCCACCCAGACAAAGGCGCAUCUGGCCAAACAAUCAAAUCCUACACCGACGAAUUCGCAUAUAUCCGUGAGAAAUACGAUACUCCGCGAUAUCCUGUGGUAUUGUGUCAUGGACUGUUUGGGUUUGAUACGAUGAACAUUGGGGCGAUUGAGGCGUUGCAUGUGCCGCCAUUAGCUGUGGUUGCAUAUUGGAGAGGUAUUGUCGACGCACUCACACAGAAUGGAAUCGAAGUGCUCGUUACACGCGUCCCCCGGUCUGCAACCAUCGCUGAACGGGCAGAGAUGUUACAUUCCCAAAUAUCCGAGAAACUCCCCGGCCGAGAGAUCAACCUGAUAGGGCAUUCGAUGGGUGGACUCGACGCGCGGUAUCUCAUCUCAAACAUCAACGCCAAGGAUCCCAAGUACGAGGUUAAAUCCUUGACAACGGUUGGCACACCACAUCGAGGAAGCAGCUUCGCAGACUGGGCUUUUGCAAAGAUCCCCCCACCACGGCUCCCAGGCCUUUACUCUCUUCUUAACACCCUCGGCCUCGAAACUGGCGCCUUCGAACAACUGCAAACAAAAUACCUCUCAGAGAAGUUCAACCCCUCCACCCCCGACUGCCCCUCCGUCAACUAUUUCUCCUACGGCGCAAACUUCACUCCCGGGUGGUUUUCCGCAUUCCGCGGAAGCUGGGGUAUCGUGAAUGGAAUUGAAGGUGCCAAUGACGGGCUUGUGAGUGUCGAGAGUGCGAAGUGGGGAAAGUAUCAGGGGACAAUUGAUGGGUGUUCGCAUUUAGAUAUUAUCAAUUGGACGAACCGGAUUAGGUAUAAUUGGAUGAAGAUGUGGGGGACGGGACCGAAGUUUAAUGGCGUUGCAUUUUAUCUGCAUAUUUGUGACAUGUUGGCGAAGGAGGGUUUGUGAUUGUGGAGAGAAGGAGGGAGCUAUAGACAUAUAUGAGUAUAGGAACAGCUAAGAACAAUAUGAGGAAUGUUUUAGUAGUAGCU